AUGGGCACGUCGGCAUUGAUGAGCUCAAAGCCCGCGGUUGACAAGGUCGAGCCAGGCCUCGCCGAUGUUAGGAAUCCUAGGCUCGGUGUUGGAGAAUUCGAACUCCUGGCGGUCGACAGUCGCGAGCCCUUGUCCCUGCUCGCUGGUGUUGACCAGUCCAAACGGAAGGUUGGCAAGGUCGAACCAGGGUUCGCCGGUGUUGGGAAUCACGGGCCCGGUGUUGAGGAAUUCGAACUCUUGUCCGUCGACAGCCGCGAGCCCUUGUCCCUGCUCGCUGGUGUUGACCAGUCCAAACGGGGGGUUGGCAAGGCCGCACCAGGCCUCGCCGGUGUUGGAGAAUUCGAACUCCUGCUCGUCGAUAGUCGUGAGCCUAAGCCUGUGAUUGUUGGCGAUCGGAGGUUCAGUGUUGGUGAGUCCGACAUCCGCAUUGGCUAUCUUAGGGGUCUUGUGGAUCCUUCUCACGUGCUCAUCGCGCUUGUCUUUCCUUGGAAAUGGCUUUUUGUGGCCGUGGUAGCUUUCACUGCGGUCGCAGCCGUGUUCCGUGCACCAAAAGCGAUGGGUCUUAUUGUGGAUCGCAUUCCGAUGACGAAUCAUGUCGCUUUUCCUCGAAAAUGUUUGGCCACACAGGGGCAAGUCACAGGGGAUUUUGGGGCGUUGAGGUCUGCGAUUUGGACACGUCACCAACAGGGUCCGUGCGACAGGGCGGUGGCUUACCUAGCCGUGGUCGUGAUCCCAACUUGGGUAGUCCAAACUGAGGAGGCAUACCUGCGUCGAUGUUAA